GGUGGUGGCAUCCAACAGGUAAUGAAGGAACCCCCCACUUGGAGCAGUGCCCCUCGCUCCCACUUCCUAAGCCCCCCCACCCGAGUGGGGCUCCUCGCUGCUGACCCGCAGCCCCCCCUGCCCCCAGUGGUGCUGCUCUGGGGGAGGGCUGCCCCCUGCAGCUCCCCACCGUGCCCCUCACUCCCGACCUGCAGCCCCCUUCCCCCCAGCGGUGCCCCCCCCGUGAGCGGUGCGCCCCACUCCCUCCCUGCCUGCAGCCCGCCCCCCCGUCAGCGGUGCCCCCCACUCCUGACCCGCAGCUCCGCCCCCCACGCGGUGCCCCUCAGUGCCGACCCGCAGCUUCCCCGACGGGGGGCGGGGGGUUGCAGCCAGCUCUGGGGAGGAGCCGGCGCUGCGCAGCGCGGGGGCGGGGCCGGGGGGGCUCGGGCUGCUGCAGGAGCCGCGCGUCUCCCCCCAGCGCCGCGGAGCCGGAUAGUCGGACAGUGACCCCACUGUCCCCGCAGCCAUGUCAGCCGAGGCAGUGAGGAAGGAGGAGGACGAGGCGCCCCCAGACCCUGCGCCGCCCCCGCAGCCUCCGCCCCCCUCGCCGGGGGCCCCAGUCACCACGGAGAGCCCGGCAGAGCCGCCCGCCGCCAUGCAGAACGGCGUGGGCCCCGUGAGGGCCUGCUCUGCCGAGGCACUGGCAUCCCCACCCCGGCCCCCUGGUCCCCCCCGCUCCCAGUCAGACCUGGGGGGCGGCUGCGGGGCAGGGGGCAGGGCAUCUGCCCCUCCUGCGCCCUCUGAGCUGGGGCCACCAGCCCAGGAGCCAGAGCCGGAGCCAGAGCCCGAGCCGGAACCAGAGCCGGAGGAGAAGCCACGGGACUUCGUGCUGCUUGCAGCCCUGGCCUGCUUCUGCCCUGUCUGGCCGGUCAACAUCAUCGCUUUUGCCUACGCCAUCAUGUCCCGCAGCUCGCUCCAGCAGGGUGACGUGGACGGGGCGCGGCGACUGGGCCGUGUGGCCAAGCUGCUGAGCCUGGUGGGGCUGGGCGCCGGGGCCCUCAUUAUCGCCACCGUCAUCGCCAUGCACCCCGGUGGCACUGCCUUGACACCGGCCCUUGCCGCUGGUGCCAGACGGACGGACCCACAGCCUGGGGACACAGGACACGGGCUGAAGGGCCCCUUCUGCAGUUGGACGGUGGACGCGGCCCGGAACCGGGCAGGGGCAGCCAGGCCCACAGAGCCCUGCCCUUGCGGGCCUUCCCAGCCGGGGACCCGCCUUUGCACGUGUUUGGCGGCCCCGAGCCGGGGCUGCAUGGCCUGCUGCAUGGAUCUUCCUUUUUGUAACCAUGGGGGCGGGGUGGGUUUAUAG